AUGCUGGGUGUAAAUCGGACAAUGGUGAGUGAGUUUGUCUUGCUUGGCCUUUCUGAAACCUGGGCAAUCCAACUCUUCUUAUUUGUUUUCCUCCUCGUCCUCUACAUGGCCACUGUCUUCAGCAACACUUUCAUUUUCUCAGCCAUUUUCCGGGAUCACCGUCUUUCAGAUUCACCCAUGUUCUUUCUGCUGGGUCACUUGGCUUUCCUGGACCUCUGCCUGUCCUCCUUUGCCAUCCCAAGAUAUCUCUUGGAUUUCGUUGCCCAACAUCAGAUAAUCUCCUUCCAGGGCUGCAUGGCACAAAUAUUCUUUCUCCAUGUGUUUGUAGGGAGUGAGAUGCUCCUGCUGGUAGCCAUGGCAAUUGACCGGUAUGUGGCAAUUUCCCAUCCCCUCCGUUAUGCCUCACUUAUGAGCCGGCCUCAUUGCAUGGCACUUCUCCUUGCUUCAUGGGCUGGUGGGCUCCUCCAUGGCACUGUGCAACUGGGUUUCAUUAUUAAUGUGCCUUUCUGUGGGCCCAAUCAAGUGGACAGUUUCUUCUGUGACCUCCCAUUGGUCAUCAAGUUGGCUUGUAUUGACACAAAUCCCUUGGAGGUCAUGAUGGUCACCAACAGUGGAAUUUUGUCACUAGUUUCUUUUAUUGGCCUGCUCAUCUCAUAUGGAUUCAUUCUCUACACAAUCCACUCCAGGGGUCCCUCUGAAGGGACCACCAAGGCUGCCUCCACAUGCACCUCUCACCUCAUUGUGGUCACCAUGUACUUUGGGCCCUGUUUGUUUAUUUACUUGCGUCCAUCAGCCCGGUUCAUGAUUGAUAAAGUGCUUUCUGUCUUCUAUACCUGUGUCACCCCCUUGCUAAACCCAACCAUCUAUGCUUUGAAGAACAAGGAGAUAAAGGCUACCAUUAGAAGCCUUUCAGCAAGGCUUUCUGGGCAGAUUUCCACUCAGGGACAUUCCCAACAUUAG